AUGUUGUCCACCUUGAUUUUCAUUGUCGCCGUGCACCUGGUACCAACACUCUUUGUGUCUGGUGCGACUGGUACAGGCAGCUCCCAUACCUGUAGUGCAGCGAGCACUGCUAUCUCGGUUGCCGUAAACCCACAGACGAAAGAGGUCAUAUUUGUCUGCGAACAAGCCGUGCCGUAUGUCUGGCCAGCUGGUGACGCCGUGGUCACCACAUUCUUCAGUAAAGGGGACCUAAAGGACACAGAAAAACUGGCAGAUGUCUUCGGUGCAGGGUCGCAGCUCACCGUCCAGGCGUCAGAUAAGGAGAAGAAGCCUGGUGCUCCGGUUACAGCCACACUUACGAUCAAACAGUUUGCCGAAACACCGCGAACCAUCUAUUUCGCCUGUGGCACCACUGAGUCUCCGGCGAAGCAGGCAACGUCUAGAAGGUUGAGUGGCGAUGAGGAAGGUGCAGGAGAGCGUGGAUCCAAUUUGAAUCUCCAAGGUAAAGAACAUCCUACGAAUGGCAAGGAAAACCAGGAGGGAGGGGGCGCUCCAAAAGGGGAAAACAAGGCCGCGGCCGAGUUGUCCGGUAAAGAGACUAAAGCCGCCAGUCCGUCUGUGCCUCGCCCUGCGCCAAGUUCUCCUGCACAGAGUGUGCCGAGCACCAAACAGCCUGGUAACGUGGCUGAAGGUGAAAAGGAUCACCUGGAAGACCAACAUAGUGGUUCGCCUCCUCAGGCUGGUGCAACAGCCGGCCAGCUGGGUGGUAGAGAGGGUCACCUGAAUGGGGUGCCGGACCAUAAGAAUGACUUAGCGCAGCCGCAGACGCCGCCGAGGGCAUCGCUGCCUACGGAGUCCACGGGAAACCAACAGAACGGACCCCCCGCCAGCACCCCAAGCGACAGCCUGAGCAGCACCUCGUGUCUUGUCACUGUUACAGUUCCCGGGGGACCAAGUGCUACUGCCUGCACUGCUGACAAGAAGACCAUGGAGCUCGAUAUUAACAGAAAAACGAAGAGCGUCACCUUCGAAUGUGGAUCAACUGUUCCUUCCCUGUCUCCUGCCGACAGUUCACUGAACGUAUACGAUGGGUCAUGCAACAAGAAAGUAUCACUACUGGACGUGCUUCCCACCGCCAAGCUAGAGACCGCGGAUUCGGGCUAUACUUUUAGCGUGGAGCGACUCCCUUCGACCCCCAUAGCACUGUGUUACAAGUGCUUGCCAACUCAGUCAGCUGCAGGGAAGGAGGCGGAAAUGUCGGAGUGUACGAUCAAGAUCAGCGUUGCAGGCGAACAGCCGUCGUCAGCAGCAGGCGGCUCUCUGAGAUUUGCUUCUUUUUCUGUCUUCUUGUCUCUUACGGGCUUGUGCUACUUGUAUUAG